AUGCUCAUUCCCUUCCCCGCCAGGUCCACGGUUCGCACCCAGCUGAAGGACGCGGACAGCGAGGAAGCCAUAAGCAUCGCGGUUCUGGUGCUCGUCCUGUCCAUCUCGCCUGUGAUCAUCCUGCUCGUGAGGAAAGCCACCUACAUGGUGCAGGUCUUCUCCGACACUCUCGCCGAGAAGAUGAACCAGUUAAAGAUCGAGAAGAAGCGAAGCGAUCGCCUGCUCUACCAAAUGCUUCCGGUUGUGGUGGCCAAGCAGCUCAAGCAGAACAAGCAGGUUCCUGCAGAGAGCUUUGAGAGCGCCACUGUGUACUUCAGUGAUAUCGUCGGCUUUGAAGAGCUCUGUGCCGACAGCUCUCCUCUGCAGAUCGUCCAGCUCCUCAACAUGCAGUACCGGGUGUUUGACUCAAGGCUCGAACAAUACGACGUUUAUAAAGUGGAGACGAUAGGAGACGCUUACAUGGUCGUCUCUGGCUUGCCCAAGAGGAUAGGCCACAGGCAUGCGGAGGAAAUCGCGUGCAUGGCGCUCGACUUGCGCCAUUCUGUGCAGAGCAUUCCCAUUCCACAUAAACCAGGGCAGUGGCUGCAGAUCCGAGCUGGCGUGAACACCGGUCCUGUUGUGGCGGGCGUCGUAGGAACGAAGAUGCCUCGAUACUGUUUGUUUGGUGACACUGUCAACACCGCUUCUAGGAUGGAAACCACUUGUGAUCCCAUGAGGAUCCAGAUUUCGCUGAGCACCCGCAUGGCUCUCUUCACCGCCGGCGGAUUCAUCAUGGAGUUCAGGGGAUAUGUUGAUGUCAAGGGCAAGGGAGAGAUGUCGACGUACUGGCUGGAGGGGCGCGACGGCCUUCAGUUGCAGGACGUGAACCUGGCGGGGACGAGCGCUGACGAGGACGGCAUCUCCAAUCCGGCCUUCAUGCACAUGGUUGACAACCUACAUGAUUCCCCCGAGCAGAAGCAGGCCGAGAAAGUUAAGAAGUAG